AUGGGUAAGAGAAAGAAGUCUUCAAGAGGUCCAGCAAAAAGAGUGGUGCAGAAGCUGGAUUUGACGUUUAACUGCUUGUUUUGCAAUCACGAGAAAUCUAUUACGUGCACACUCGACAAGAAGAACGGCAUAGGGUCGUUGUCAUGCAAAGUAUGCGGACAAAAUUUCCAGACACAUAUCAAUGCACUCUCACAACCGGUGGAUGUAUAUAGCGACUGGUUUGACGCGGUCGAGGAAGUUAACGCGGGCAAGGUGAGUGAAUCUGAGGGCGAAAGCGAUUCUGCAAGCGACUAUGAAAGCGAUUCCGACGCAGAACAGGUUGACAAGAGGCGUGCGCAGAUUGACUCGGACGAGGAAGAAAUCUCAGAGGACGAAGACGCCAUAGGGAGCUCCAAACGGGGAAGGGGCAAGAUCGUGGAUUCUGACGAAGACGAGGACGACUGA